AGGAACAUGCGUCCAACGCGCAGGUGAUAACAUUUACCAAUUUAACUUCGUCGCUGCUGCAACUUUUCAGUCCUAUCUCGCACAGGUUUUGGUGAUUUCUUUUGUGUGUGUGUGUGUGUGUAUGUGUGUCUUUUUGCGGUUUGCCCCAGCUGAGAUUCACAAGAGAUAGUUUGGAAAUCUUGAGAAAUGUCUCGUAAGAAGGCUGCCAAAGGCAAAGCCGCAACCAGCAGCCCGUCUGCAGGCAGCCCCACCGGGAAAGGGACCGGGAAAGCUGCGAGGAGCAGCCCGGGCAUUGUUCAGAUGAACGGCGUGGUUCACCCCAGCAGACCGUCCAUCAGCAACAGCAGCGAGUUUUAUGACAUCGCAUUCAAGGUGAUGCUGGUUGGAGACUCCGGUGUGGGGAAAACCUGUCUACUGGUCCGUUUUAAAGACGGCGCCUUCCUGGCUGGCAGCUUCAUCUCCACUGUGGGCAUUGACUUUAGGAAUAAAGUCCUGAACAUCGAUGGAGUCAAGGUGAAGCUCCAGAUCUGGGACACAGCUGGACAGGAGCGGUUCCGCAGUGUCACUCAUGCCUACUACCGUGACGCCCAUGCUCUCCUUCUGCUGUAUGAUGUCACCAACAAAACAUCCUUUGACAACAUACAGGCAUGGCUGACUGAGAUCCACGAAUACGCCCAACAGGAUGUGGUGCUCAUGCUGCUUGGAAACAAGGCUGAUGCCACUCAUGACAGAGUGGUGAAGAGAGAGGACGGAGAGAGGCUUGCUAAGGAGUUUGGAGUUCCAUUCAUGGAGACCAGCGCCAGGUCAGGUCUCAAUGUUGAGCUGGCUUUCACUGCUGUGGCCAAGGAGCUGAAGCACAGGUCCAUGAAGGAUCCCAGUGAGAAGUUUAAGCUGCAGGAGUAUGUAAACAAGGAGAUGAAGGGCACUGGAUGCUGCCGGUCUUAA